CGAUAUGCUGGAAUGCAGGCUUGUGUUCCAAACACUGUUUGUUUGGCGCCACUGGAGCUGCAUGGGAUGUGUCCUAGUCGGCUCUCCAUAACUCCGGUCGCGCAUGCGUAGUUGCGCUUCACGGACGCUGGGGGACCUGACGCUAGUUUGCCACGGUGGAGAGUAUAAAUUCUGUGUCUCACUAAGCUUCCAGCAACAAACCAGGUAGCUCCAGCAACAAACUGCUCCUCAGGUUUUAGAAAUUAAAGGCUCAAAAUGUCUCAAACACCUAAAGCCGCUGCUGCUGCUGCCAGUCAGGGUAGUGAUGUCAAAGAAAAGGGCACCCCAGCACCAGUUCCACUGCCUGUUACCAAGCCCACAAAACCUGGAGAACAAAGUGUGGGAUCUUUCAAGAUAGUAAUCUUUGAGCAGGAAAAUUUCCAGGGAAGACACAUGGAACUCCUGAAUGAGUGUGUAAACCUUGGGGAGCGCGGCUUUGACAGAGUACGCAGUGUUAUUGUUGACUCUGGACCCUGGGUUGCUUAUGAGCAGUCGAACUUCCGUGGCGAGAUGUUUAUCCUGGAGAAGGGCGAGUAUCCUCGUUGGGAUACCUGGUCUAGCAGCUAUAGGAGCGACUGCUUCGUGUCCCUACGCCCCAUCCGAAUGGAUAGCCAAGAACAUAAAAUCUCCUUGUAUGAAUCCGCCGACUUCAAGGGCAACAAGAUGGAAAUCAUUGAGGAUGACGUGCCCAGCCUGUGGGCCUACGGAUUCUGUGACCGCGUGGGAAGCGUAAAAGUCCCUAGCGGAACUUGGGUUGGAUAUCAGUACCCAGGAUACAGAGGUUACCAAUAUUUGUUUGAGAACUGUGAUUUCAGGCACUGGAGUGAAUGGAGUGCCUUUCAGCCCCAGAUUCAGUCUAUCCGUCGUAUCAGAGACAUGCAAUGGCAUCAGAAGGGUUGCUUCCUUAUACCCGCCGCUACUGCUGCUGCAACAACCAAGUAAUCCAAUUACACACUGCCCCAACGUUGACAGAGAUCUAUCGGGAAGCUUCAAAUUGACAUUUCCACAUUUUUAUAAUCUGCUCUUGUCAACUGAGUUGCUGUAUAUUUCACAUUUACUGGAUGUACUUUAUGAUGCAAAUAAAUACAAUUUAUGAAAUA